CGAGUUUUCAACCAUAGAGAGCAAAAAUACGGGCAUAGUUGCUCGUUCUCCAUUAACCCUCUUUGGCUACCUGGAGUGCGGAGACCCAUCCAACAUGGCGGCGACGCUGGAUUACGCUCAUACACGUAACGAGGCGUACACGUUUAUAAUGGCUCAGCCCUCGGUUUGCUAUUUGCUGUUCACGCUCACUGGGAGGUUCCUGUCCAAAAACACCCGGGAAAAGUCACAACUGACACAAAACCACCAAACCUCUAACUGAACAGUCUGUGUAAAAACCCUGCUCAAAAUGCCUGCUACUUCAGAUAUAGUCAUAGAGGAGGUCCAUGGGGAGUCCGGCUGUGAAGAAAAACCGAAGAGGACCCAGGAGGCUGCAGAGGAGAAGAAGAGGACUUUCGGGAUAUUUAGUGAUGAACGCGGGUAUCUGGAUCAAAUAGAGUACAUCAUGGAGAACGGCCGAAGAAAAGGGGACCGAACCGGGACUGGAGUCAUCUCUGUGUUCGGAGCUCAGGCCAGAUACAGUCUGCGAGGUAGGCUUAACGUGUAUUUUUCACUAUUCUGGGUGUUUAAUAUUCAGUAUACUGGUAAUUUUGAAGGAAGCAAAUGCAAGUUUUUUACCUCAACCCUCCUAUUAUCCUCAAAUAUUACUGACACGUUUUACCCUUGGGGUAUAUUUGUCUCCAGAAAAUGAUUUACAUGCAAAUGUUGACCAAGAUUUUUUGUCAGGUGCUUUGUUUAUUUGUUGAGUGCAUAAAUAACCCCUCAAUAAUGAAACCUGUUGACCUGCUCUCAAGCGCCACCAAUAGGCCAAACUUUUGUGGUCAUUGAGGUUGUCAUAAAUUGGAGAAGAUUUGUAUGAAAACUUUAAGAUACAUUUAUUCUACUUUUAGAGGAUGAACCCUACUGGUUUUAGUGAUGCUAUGACUUAGUAUCAACUCUGCACCUGUAGGUAUGGGGAUGUUAGGUCACACACGCAGAUAGGCGAGUUUUACACAGCCUAAACUGCUUGGGGUCAAAUUGACCUGAGAAGAACACCGAUGCUUGCAAUAUGUGUACAGCACAUUAAAAAAAUAUCAUGAUAAUUUAAUGCUAAAUCAGUUGUCUCCAUCAAAUUAGAAAAAGUCAUGAAUAUGAAGCAAAAAACCAAAAGUCAAGUAUUAUUUUUUCAAUGAUAAACAUUGAUCAGGGUCAAAUUCAAACGUUCGGGUAUUAAAGUGAAAUGCAUCCAUAUUUAUAAAAUAUCACCCAUAAAUUACUAAAAAUAAUCAGUCAUCAUUACACUUUCUACUUGUGCUACAUUUCAUGCGAAACAUCCGAUAAAAAUCAAUAUUGCGCAUCUUUUACACUUAAAUAACCAUGUUAGGUUGAAAAAAACUAUUUAAAUCUGUAAGCACAGAUGAAGCUGUAUGUUGAGCUGAAAAUAGCUGAAAUAGAAGAAACAGCCGCACACAAAUGUCCCAGGUCCUUUUUUCUUAUUUAGAGACAGUGACAUUGUUUGUCCACCAGAGAGCGACAGAGAGUUUACUCACUCCUCUGCCUAAAAUUUCCCAUGCUUUCAUGUUUAUUGUUAUUAUAACUGAUCAUGUGUAUGUUAAAUGUUGAUUCAAUGCUAGUCUAAGUGUUGGCUCCAAACCAGGAUCUGCUCAGACUACACAAACAAAAAUGUGUUUGGUAAUCUUAGUCAUGAAACCUGUUUCUUUUUUGUUGUUGUUGUUCAUUUUCAGAUCAGUUCCCCUUGCUGACGACCAAAAAAGUGUUUUGGAGAGGGAUCCUUGAAGAACUGCUGUGGUUUAUCAAGGUGAGGAAGGACAAAUUGACAACUUUAUCAACAUGUUCCCUUGUAUUAUGUUGUUUUCUUAACCAUGAAACUAGUUUGUUCGAUUUUAAAACCUCCCUACACGAAAAAGACACAUUAAACAUGAACCCUGCGGUGGAGUUGUUGUUGUAUUGCACUAAAAUUCAAAUGCAAUGAUCAAUUGUGGAUGGACUGACAUGUUAGGUUAGCUUUUUCUUUGGGUCUAAUACUUUCUUUCUUUAUGCGGUGAAAGGGAUCAACAAACGCCAAGGAGCUCUCAGAGAAAGGGGUAAAGAUUUGGGACGCCAAUGGGUCCCGGGACUUCUUGGACAAUCUCGGGUUCACAGAUAGAGAGGAGGGUGACCUUGGACCUGUGUAUGGUUUCCAGUGGAGGCACUUUGGUGCUGAGUACACAAACAUGCACGCAGGUAAAGAAAAAUAUACUAAUAAGUGCAAAUUUAAAAUGAACGCUUAAAAAUUGGGUAUGCUUUUUUAGCCUUUACAACCGAUAACUGACUCCUAGCGUUUAUAACUGUUUCUUAAACUUGUUUCUUUUCACAGAUUAUACAGGACAAGGUGUUGACCAGCUGCAGAAGGUGAUUGACACCAUCAAAAAGAACCCAGAGGACAGACGGAUAAUCAUGUGUGCCUGGAACCCCAAAGGUAAAGCUUCCUAAACUAAAUCUCAGCUGCUCCAGGACUCUUUUUGAACCUGAUUUCGAUCCAGUUGAAUCAUUUUGAAUCCACGUCCUCUCACAUCUUGAUGCAGACCUUCCUCUCAUGGCUCUGCCCCCCUGCCACGCUCUCUGUCAGUUCUACGUGUGCGACGGUGAACUGUCCUGCCAGCUGUAUCAGCGCUCAGGUGAUAUGGGCCUCGGGGUGCCUUUCAAUAUUGCCAGCUAUGCACUUCUCACUUAUAUGAUCGCACAUAUCACAGGACUGAAGGUAAGAGCGCUACUGUUCUCAUUUUAAGUGUGUCGACGUGAACUCCAUCACCUGACUUUUUUCACCUUCUUCCCUCCAGCCUGGUGACUUUGUUCACACUCUGGGAGAUGCUCACAUCUACGUCAACCACAUUGAACCUCUAAAAGUACAGGUGGGUUGGGUUAAGGAGGUUUGUUUGUUUGAUUUACACACUCUUAAUCCAGUUUGCACAGACUCAUCUGUUUAUAAUUGCAGCUUCAGAGGGAGAUCCGCCCAUUCCCCAAGCUGAAGAUUCUGAGAAAGGUUGAGAGUAUCAACGAUUUCCGCGCAGAAGACUUUGAGAUCUGUGACUACAACCCUCAUCCCGCAAUCAAGAUGCAGAUGGCUGUGUAAAUUUAAUGUGAUGAGGUAUGGAUGUGGUUUGUGGAGGGCUGGAGUAUCUGUGACAUUAAGGAUUUGUCAGUCAGCCCAAUUUUAAAUUGUUGUUUGUAUGUUUUGAACUUCAGUCCAUUCAAGUUACAGUUUGGUGAGCUGACACUUCAAAUAUGUUAAUUAAUACAGGGAAAAAAAGUCAUAUUUCAGUGCCAGAGUCUAAAAACUUGCCUCCAUCAAUGAUAGAUGUUGUGUUUGUUUCUGGAGUAUUGUUUUUUUAAAGCAGUAUUGCAUCAUUUUUUGUAUCAUAAACGUGUUUCAGAAUUUAAAUAAAGAAUUUAUACUUCCGCCA